AUGAAAAGACCAUUAAUCCCGGUUGAUUUUCAAGGGAAACCAGCUUUGAAUUCACCGAAACCGACCAAGUUAUUAAGGAUAAAAAAGGUCGCUGAAUACCAAAAAGAGAGAGCGGAUAAUCUCCGCUGGCUAAUUAUUUCUCGAUUAGACAUUAACGCUAAUUCGGAUAGCAUAAGAUGCACCAUCCGUCAAUUAUGGAAACCGACCAAAGUUAGGGGAGAGAUUGAGCAAAUGCUUAAUGUGCCACCGGCACUAGGAGCCUUAUCUCGGAGGUUAAACCGAGGUCAAAGAAGUUCAGUAAAUAAGAAUGGCGACCCUAUUGGUGAAUUACAUAGCAAGGGAAGAUUUAUUGUCGGAAUUGGUAGUAUUCACAAAAGUGGGACACGAUAUACCUUAAAAGGAAGAGUUAAUUUGCCUUGGAGCAAAAAAGGUUUAGAUAAUGUAAAAGAUUUAGAACUUUAUGAGAAAAAAGAGUCCAAACCUAAACCGCUUAGUAAAGAAGUCCAGUAUUUCCAAAAGAGAGAGAAAUUAGAAGCUAAGGCAUCAAAAGAAUUGGAAAAAAUUAGUCAAUAUUAUCGAACUAAACCAGGACGCUCAACCGUGAAUGAUGAGAUAAUUAAGGAGUUAGUUAAGCAAUUAAAUGGCGAGGAUGAAUUAGUAAGAGAUAAUAAAUAUUACUCUUUUGAGCCUCUUUAUAUUGACUAUCGAGCCUAUAAAUUAGUUUGA